UUCAAACACGUUCUGGCAACACUGGAUUAUUGGCCCUUCCGUUUCUUUAUUAUCUAUGGAAAAUUGUUGUUUCAAAAGUUCAAAACAAUAAAACAUCAUUAUUCAUAAUUCAUAUUUCAUAAUAAUAUAAUAUUAGAUUAAAUUGAAAGUUGGGUACUAUUAUUAUUAUUAUUAUUAUUGUUAAAUUAAAUUAUGCCGAAAGUUCGUAGAAGCCGAAAACCGCCUCCUGAUGGAUGGGAACUUAUAGAACCUACGCUAGAAGAAUUGGAGCAAAAAAUGAGAGAAGCUGAAACUGAAUCUCAUGAAGGCAAACGUAAAGUAGAAGCAUUGUGGCCAAUUUUCAAAAUUCAUAACCAGAAAUCAAGAUAUAUUUAUGAUUUGUUUCAUAGACGUAAAGCUAUUUCUAGAGAAUUGUAUGAUUUCUGCCUGCAAGAAAAAAUUGCAGAUCAAAAUUUAAUAGCAAAAUGGAAAAAACAAGGUUAUGAAAACCUAUGUUGCCUUCGUUGUAUUCAAACUAGGGAUACAAACUUUGGAACUAGUUGUAUAUGCAGAGUCCCAAAAUCUAAACUAGAAGAAGGUCGAAUUGUGGAAUGUGUGCAUUGUGGAUGUAGAGGUUGUUCCGGCUAAAUAAACACUAAAUACUAAUUAAAUGAAUACUGAAUUAUUUUUAUUCUUUAUAUGUGUAGUGAAUUUAUUUCUAUAUUAAUAUUUGUGCAGUAUAAGGUAUAAGCAUACUAACUGAAAACUCAAUAAGUUAGAUAUUUUUAAUUCCUUAAUGAUUAUGUAAAGUAUGAAUUGCAUUUAUUUCUAAUAACAAAUAUUAACUUUUCUUACUAAUUUUUCAAUAAAAAAUGUAUUUUGGUAGGUAUA